AUGGUGAACGAGUUCCGUGUUGCACAUGAAGAUCGCCUCUUUUCAAAAGAGCUUUCUGAGACCUGUGGGAAGAACGACGUUUUGCACGGACGAGCCAAGGUCACUCAGGAGCAGCUGCAUGUGCUGGAGCAGUUUUUGGCUGCUGAUUUGCCUGUGCAGCUGCUCUCUCAGAUGACAACUCUGGACUUCGAAGUUCGGAAGGAUGUCAUGAACGUUUGCUGUGCCCUCCUUUGGCCGGACCUGCCCGAAGAGGUGGCUGCCCAGGUCAUGGAGUAUGUCCGGUUUCACCCAACUCUCUUCAACAAGUUGAUGGACAGCUAUGCCAACGAGGAG